AUGUCGAUAGAAAUCAGUAAACAUUCACCGCCAGAUGAAAAGCAAGUACAUUUUGCUGUCGACGAAAAUUCGCCUCAGAAGGAAGAUAAUGCCAGCCAAUCGGACGAAGUCCUGCGGACCGAUGAGCCUGCUAUUGCUGAGACUCAACCACCAAAGGUGGCAGUUGAAGUGGAAAAUAAGGAAUCAUCUCCGUCCUCCUCAAAAGUAGUGGAUGCUGUAGCCGUCAAUGGGGAAUCUGAUGCAAUCAGUGAAGCGAUCGAGAAGCGGAAGCAGCCUCUUAUGGAACUUGCUUACUCCGAAGAGAGCUAUGUAAAAAGAUUACGCGUUGCUUUUGAACUCUACAUGCCGGCACCUUAUAGGACUUCUCAAAAUAUUGAUCCCAAUAGCACCGCCUCGGUGUCGCCCACAAGUCCCGGAACCGCGGUCGGUUUUGAGGAACUCGCAAGUAAACUACCUCCAGGAGGUCCCAGUGUGCCUGAGGACUUGGUGGCGCGUUGGCGCAUUCUUUGGGGAAAUUGGAUGCAGCUCUUCGAAUGGCACACGGGGUUCUACGAGAAGUUGAAGACUCUUUUAGAAGAGGAUCCUGAUCGGAUCCCAAAAUUAUUCAUUGAUUCUCGUGCAAGAUUACGGUCCAUCUACUCAAAGUACUGUGAAAACCAGAUUAAAGCUGCUCAUAUUGCCGAACAGCACAAAGACUUCUUUGACGAGUGGCGAGUUCAUGUGGGCGACAAAGAAGACGUAUUGUCUUUGCUGAUGCAACCAGUCCAACGAAUAAUGCGUUAUCAAUUGCCAAUUUCCGAAAUUGUCAAAUGGACGGAGCGGGCUAAGCUGCCUUCAUUACCUCAAUGGCAGAAAGCCUUGGAUAUUAUGAAGGAAAUCCCAAAGGACACGCAGCUUAUUUUGGAGGCUGCCCGAAUCGACGGUUUUCCAGGCGUCAUUACAGCCCUCGGCACCCUCCGCAUUCGUGGCGAUCUCCUCGUCGCCAGUCUCUCCUGCUGUGAACUAGCCGACGCGCUGCGAUCUUACGCAAAGGCACUUAACAUCAUCCCAUCGAACCCCGCUAACCGCAACUCCUCGGCUAUUUCACUGCUCACCAAACUUCACCUCCAGUCCUCGUCCACGCCCGAUGACGAGGAGACGAUCGUUGAGGGUGGUUCUGUUGGCAUUUCAACCAACGAGCCUGCUUUACCGUCUCCGUCGGUCCCUCGUCCGCAUCUCAACAGGAACCCCACGAACACGAGUGUAACCGCAGUGGAAGGAUGCGAGGCGCCGACGGAUUUACCGCCACCGCUUCCUGGUGGGCAGAAAUUUGUCGUCUCUCGCCUGUUUCUGUUCGAUCGGAUGCUCCUAGUCACAGAGGAGGUGAAAGCCAAACGAAAAGGCACAAGCGCCGACGCCUUCGCUCAGUCGACUUACCAGUUCAGGGCGGCGGUCAAUGUCAAUAAAAUGAAAUUCGAGCCUCACUGGUUUAUGUGUAACGUGAUGUCGGAGUCGGAUGCUGGCGAAAAGGGGGACCUUUAUACUAAUGACUGGAUCGCAGUUCGUUCAGCCCUCGAGUUAGCGGCAGCCGAUGAUCUGCGUUUCGCACUUUGGGAUCAGACACCCGGCCGCGACGUCGUCUACAUCAUCGACCCGCAGACAGUCGCCACACGCUCUGCUUGGGUCGUCCAUCUCCGGGACAUUCAGCGCAUGCAGCAGCAACUCCUUAUGGCGCUCGAGGAACCCACGCGAUUUGCUGGAGGCGAUAAGGACUGGGGUGAGCCGCGCUUAUGCUCUCUUGUCCUCACCUUUGUCUUCGGGGUCUUGUCAAAACACUUUGGCGUGUUUUAA